AUGGACUCCAUGUUCGAGGACGACAUCAGCAUCCUGACGCAGGAGGCGCUGGGGCCGGACGAGGACUGGCUGGACAGCCCCAACACCGACCUGUCCGGGGAGAUGUGCUCGGCCUCGCACUUCGCCCUCAUCACCGCCUACGACGACAUCAAGAACCGCCUGACGGGGCUGGAGAGGGAGAACUCCACGCUCAAGCGCCGCCUCAAGAUGUACGAGGUCAAGUACCCCCUGAUCGGCGAGUUCGGCGAGGAGCACAUCUUCUCCCUCUACGAGGCCAAGGAGGCGUCGCUGCUCAAGAGCGAGAAAGCGUCGCUGCAGCAGCAGCUGAACCAAUUCCAGCACGAGCUGCAGAAGAGCAAAGAGCGGGAGGAGCAGCUGGAGGAGAUGAUCCAGGCCUACGAGAAGCUUUGCGUGGAGAAGGCGGAGCUGGAGACGGAGCUGGGAGAGAUG